CAACACACCAUGCACGUGCAAUCUCAAGGCAUGCCUCACUCUCAGUUACAGACUCAUGUUCAAGUACAGGGUCAGUUCCCUCAACAACUACCACUUGUGCGGCCACCCUCGUCUCUUACAACAAUUCCAAACCAGCAGCAGCCCGCUUUGUUGCCUUCACCUGGUCAAGUCCAAAACAUCAAACCUGCACAACAGCAGCCAGUUCCCUCUUAUGCUCAGCAACCUGGAAAUUUGGUCUACCAGCGCCCGCUUAUGCAGGCAAUUCAACAACCGAUGCUUCAGCAAUAUUUCCAUCAUCAGCCAUAUGUACAGCAGCAACCAUCUACACAGUUACGUCCCCAAGGCCAAUCUCAUUCAUUCCCUGAACAUAAUCAUGCCUCUACGCAGUCUCAGCAGAACAUUGCAUUGUCUCAGGGCAUUCAACAUACUCAGUCUAAUCUUGUAGGAAGGCCUAUGAUGCCAAGUCAUGCAGUACAACCUCAGCCCUACACACAAACUGCUGGCCAAGUGAGGCCAGUGCAUCCUUCUGUAAACCAUCCAUCUACAGAUCAGAAUAAUAUGGUCAGAACAAACAACCCAGUGCAAUCUGGAGCAAACUCGAGGCCAACUAUGUCUGAAAGGCAAACUGAGAAAGAAUCUGAGUCAUCAAAUCAGAAGGUUGCAAAUGGCGGCAAACUUAAAUCUGUCAAAUCCGAGGUGGGUAUGAAGUCCGCUGAUGAUGAGCAUAAACCUAGUGGUGAAGAUAAACCUAAUCAGGGGGAUACAUCUUCUAAGGAUAUUCCAGAAUCUAGGGGCUUGCUGGGGGCAGAUCCAGAUUUCCAUGCACUUGAAAAUGGAGAGUUUGUAGGUAACCCAACAUUGAAGGAAGAGGGUGGAGAUAGUACUAUGGAGCACUCAAGUAACGGUAAGUUGGGCGAAGCUGUAGCUGAGGGUGCAAAAGAAAUCUUAUCGGAAGAAGCUCAACUUCGUGAAGAACAGGGUCGAAGGUUGCAGAAGGAUGAGGGUUUGCAAGCUGUAUCUACUUCAGCUCCAACUGGUCAGGUACAAGCUGGUGGCUCUGCACAACCCUCACAUCCUGUACCAAUACAUCAUGGACCUACUAUACUCCCCCAAAGGCCUGGUGCACCCCCUCCAGGACCUCCACAUCAUACACAGGGGCCUGGGCACCCCUGGACUCAUUUAAGACCUCAGGGACCUGCACAUGUACCCGGACAACCUUUUCAUCCAUCCGAGCAUUUGCGGCCACCCGGUGCCAACCAAGGUUUUGGACCAUCCUCUGGAAGGGGGGGAGGUCAGUAUGGUCCUCAAGGUGUACUACCUCCUUCCCAUACAGGGGCUCCCAGGAUGCAAGGUGAACCUGUUGGAGGCCCUCCAUUUGGUGGAAUGAUGGCAAGAGCAGCACCAUAUGGCCCUGACGGUCCUAGGAGUCACCAGCGGCCUGCCUUUCAAAUUGAUCAGGGAGCAAUUGGACAGCCAUCUGGAAUCCCCCCGAAUAUGUUGAGAAUGAAUGGAACUCCAGGCCUUGACCCCUCAUCAACUCAUGGGUUGAGGGAUGAAAGGUUCAAGGCUUUUCCGGACGAGCGAUUGAAUCCCUUCCCAGUAGAUCCAACUUUUUGUGGUGUUGACCGGGUAGAGUAUGAAGAUGAUCUCAAGCGAUUCCCUAGGCCUUCGUAUCUGGAUUCUGACCCCGUUUCAAAAUUUGGGAAUUAUUCAUCAAGGCCCUUUGAUAGGGGACCUCAUGGGCCCAAGUAUGAUAUUGGUCAGAAUACAGAUCCUGCUGCUGGAGAUAUUGGGAGAAUGGAGCCUUCACGCAGUCAUCCAGAUUUUGUUGGACGACGCCUUAUGGAUGGUUUGGCUCCCCAAAGCCCAGUUAGAGAUUACCCUGGCAUCCCAUCUCAUGGGUUUAGAGGCUUUGGCCCUGAUGAUUUUGAUAGAAGGGAAUUUCGUCGGUUUGGUGAUCCACAUGGAAAUUCAUUCCGUGAGGGUAGGCUUUCUAAUUUUCCUGGUCAUUUUCGUCGGGGUGAGUGUGAGGGCCCUAGUAAUAUGCAAACUGUUGAUGGGCACCUUGGUCAUCUUCGGAGGGGAGAUCAUUUGGGUCCUCAGAACUUGCAUAGUCAUUUGCAUUUGCGAGAACCUAUGGGUUUUGGUGAUCGUCAUUCACGCCUAGGAGAUAUGACUGGGCCUGGGAAGUUUGAAUCAUUUCGAGGCAACAGGCCAAGUCAUCCACGUCCUGGUGAACCUGGAUUUAGGAGCAGCUUUUCACUUCAAAGAUUUCCAACUGAUGGAGCUUACACAGGAGAUCUAGAGUCUUUUGAUCAAUCAAGGAAAAGGAAACCAGCUAGUAUGGGAUGGUGCCGGAUAUGUAAAGUUGAUUGUGAAACAGUUGAAGGCUUGGACUUGCAUUCACAAACAAGGGAACACCAGAAGAUGGCGAUGGAAAUGGUGCGAAGCAUCAAGCAGAAUGCCAAAAAGCAGAAAUUAACCUCUGGUGAUCAGGCCUUGGUAGAGGAUGCAAAUAAGUCAAAAAGUCCGACUUUGAAGGCCGAGGAGAAAAGCAUUGAUGGAUGAUCAUGUGCUGCAAUGUGGAUCUCUUUGAUUGCAUUUCACUUGGGGACCAAUUGUUUCUUUGGUAUUAUUGCGUUAGCAAUAUAGGUGAUGCACCCUUCCAUGCCUCUUUUUUCUAGAUUCGGGGUGGUUUAUGCUAGUUUUGUCAUUUCAGGUUGCUGCCAUGUUAAUGGAGAUGGUAUUUGGAACUGGAGUUCAAUGGCAGUUAAGUUUGUUGUUUUUGACUCUCAAGUUUUCUACUUUCACUCGGAUUGUUUUUUGUUGACCUUGUCAUUGUCAAUCCAAAAGUGGUAUAUUGCUAUCACUUCCUUUUGCAUUUGGUACUAUUGAGAUGGCAUUGGUUUAUAGCAUAUGUGUAUGUAUGCUUGACUCUCUUACUCUUAUAUAUUAAGUUUAUUCAACUGGACCGGCAAUGUAUUAAGUUUAGUUUUACUGCUCUCAGAUAUGUACUUAUGGUUAUAAAGGGUAUCAUUGUUAAAUAGCUCUCAAAAGGUCGAAACAAGGACAUUACCUUGAACAUUGAAGCUAAUUUAAACUAGGCAUUUUUCUUUAUGCUCUAGGUAACUUUGUGAAUUUUACAUUAUUGUCAAUCGUUUCAUUUCGGUUUCUACAAGAAUAUCUGUUUUAAAUGUAAGGAGACUUGCGCUCUCUGACCUGCUUCAUCAUUUCUAUUGUAGGCAACUUUUAGUAUAGUAUGAUAUUGUGUAAUCAACCUGAUCCUUGGUCUUCAAUCUAGUAGAGAUUGGACCGACCACAUUAAGCAGAUUAGUUAUCACUAACAUUUCGUCACAAUUUUACCCAAUAAGUUGGAAGUGUUAAAGUAGUUUUUGCUAAAAGAUGAGGAUUUCUGUAAAGCGAAUGAACUUUGGGUGAAAUAAGUGUCUAUCUCUAUUCUGUAGUACCACAGUAGGCUUCAAGACUAAAUAUUUAAAGUGUAUAGGCUUAUAGAAGGCAAUGACUGGAGUACAUUUUACUAUUUAGAUUAUACAGGAUUUUGCACGCUGAUUUCUAAGAAAAAGUGAUAGAAGCCAUGAUAAAUCAUAUAUCCUAGUCUUUUCUUUUUUAUAGUAGUUAGCAGAGACGGCCUCGUGAUAUUGCUUGUUGGACUACAGCAUCUAUUAUAUUAUUUACUGUUUUGGUGGCUUGUGAAUCGACAUUUAUUUGGAGGAUAUUUUGUUUAGCUGAUAAACUGUAGUGACAAGUAUUUGGAAUAUCGUGAACCUAAUUGAAGAAUCUGGUCUGCAUAAUUCAUCUGUAUAUUAUUCUGCAGCUUGGUCUUGUGCUAGUUGGUGUAGGACAGAAGCGGAAGCUACUGUCCGUUUGCUGUAGCACAGCAAAACACACUAGGGAAUAGAGAAGAAUAUUGAUCACCAAACAACAUCAAAACAACAGAGAAAACAAUGAGAUCCUUAAAAAGAUGGAAAGAUUACUGUCUAAUUUUCGGAAUAACAGACCAGCAUGAAAAGUCUCGUAAGGGUAGAUAUAUUAGGGUUAGAUACAUCUUCCUAGCCUUGAUUACUUCACUAUUCAAUUAGGCCUCCGAAACUUACUUACAAACUCACAAAACUAGUGCCCGACUUUAUAUAAAAGACAAAUUAAAAAGACUAGGAGUAGAAGCACUACUAUCAUCUAGAAAUCAACAUAAGACAUAAAGAUAAAACAAGUCAAAUAAAAGGUAAAGUGAAUACCUAAACCAAGUUGGCUAGCCUUUUAAUCUUGGAAAGCCGUGUAGAUCUUAUCUUAUUAGUUUUAUGUUUGGGGAAAGGCUUACAAUUUCAUAAGUUCAGUUUUUUUAUCGUUAUUGUUAUUUGUUUUACUACUGACUUGACUAUUUAUUCUUAACACUGUCAUGUAAUUUUUAGCGUGAAAGGUCGAUUUUGUUGUUGAUUUUUCUUUUUGGUGGAAUUUCUCUUUUUCUAUACUAGAUCUUUUCAAUUCAACCCGUCUUUUUUUGGCGAAGAAGACUCCAUAAGGGCUGAAAGUUUAGCAGAAAAAGGUUUACUCUGUCAUCUGUUUUUGAGGUGGUAAGGUUGUGUUCAAUGUACAGAUUUUAUUUAGUUGGCAAAAUUUGCUUCUCAGCAUUGAUUUUAUAACCUGUUGAUAUGUUGGGAUUCAUCUGUUUCUACAUAUUUACGAAGAGUAUAUUUUCAUCUUUCGAAGCAGCAGGAUAAAUCUUAGGAAACCUUAGGAGACUGGUAAAAUCUGAUUACCUUCUAUACACUAGGCAUGUAUUUAGAUCCUAACUUUAAAGGGCCACAGGCUUACAUUUAAAGAUGUCCACUUGGAUUGUUAGGGUUAGGGAUCCCGACUCAUCUAUUAUUUUGCAUCAGGACAGUUUGAUGGAUAGUUUUCUUUGUAUUACGAUCCCUCCUGAAAUAUUUUUCAAAUAUAAAAGUUCAGUAGCUUCCCCCGAAUUAGUGAAUUAGGCAGGAUCCUUUUGUACAGAAUAACAAAUAUAUAGAAUAACAACGCAAAGAGCGAGUCAGGAUAGUUUUCUUUAUAUUACCAAUAACCCUGCCAUUGGCGGGCAGCACCCCAAGCACACCACAUUCUUAAUGCUUGUCUUAUACGUUCACUAACAAUAAAUUUUAUUUUGUUUGUUGCCGACUUUUGAAUGAAUUUUGCAAUUAUUGUCCCCUUGGGGUAUGGCAAACACUUCCUAUCAAUUUUCCAUGCGUAUAAUUUUAGGUUCAUGUUGAAGUUUUGAGGCAGCCUUGCCAGUUGAACUCGAAUAUUUUUGUUUUUAUUUUUUAUUUUGGUAGCAAUAUUCUUGUCUAUUUUAAUACCUGUACAAGUCUCUCUCGCUCUCUCUCGCUCUUUCACACAAACACAAAACUUAGACAAUACAUCUUUUCACUCUCACCUACCACUUUAAUUUUCUUGUUUUCCAUCAAAGUUUGGGAGGUUUAGGAAGGGAAGAAAUGGCAUGUUUUGUCCUUCUCUUUCCUACUUUCGAUUGUGAAUGCAGUACACCAAAUCUUAGUUUUGUUCAACAGUAUUACCAUGAUUUCUAUGAGUAACUUUAGGCACGAUUCAAACCCUGAAUUCUUUAUAUUAUUGCACGUAAUAAUAUCUACCUAAUACUAAACCUUCCCUUGUAUAAUCCAGAAUAUAGCAACUUAAAUACUAAAACACAACUUCGGAAAUCGCUUAGAAAAUUUAUCCUUGCUUUUAACAACUGUUCUUGCUCUAGAUGCUUUAGCCUGUACAUGAACAUAAGCACCGAAAUGUUUGAAUUUGAUUGAUUCUGUCAGCUGUGUUUGAAGUAUAAUCGCAGUUGAACUAAUACUUGUCUCGGAAAUGCACUUCUUUGCUUAAAAAUCUAUGACGGGGCCGUACAGGAACAAGAAUAACACCCUGAUGCGGUCAUAGUAGGCUUACAAAGGAACAAGAAUAACAUAAAAGAAUAAUACGAAUAAUGGCGGAAAACCUGGUUAUUUUGUUCGAUAAUUCCUAACGAGCUUAAAUGUUUGAUAAAGAUUGCAGUGUGGUGCAGGGAUUAUAGCAUGAUUGCAGAGUCAAUGUAUGAUGCUUGCUUACUGUUUUGUUCUAGUGCUGGCUUAUUCUCAAAGCGUGUUUGUGUGGAAGCGGUAGAUCUGACGGUUAUUUGGGCGAUGGAGACUCCUUACCUUACAAACUUCAAUGCCUUUGAAGGCAUUUUGCUUGAUCUGCGUUUUGUUUUGCAGUGAUGGGUAUAUGGUAUGGUUGUAAGCUUUAAUUGUUUGAUUUUCUCAGACAUUCUUGGGCAUGCUAUAUUAAUAUUUUGUUUUAAAUGCACUUCUAUUUACUUCC